CCAGUCUCCACUUCCCCCAAACCCCGGCCGACCAACCCCAACCACGGACCCGGACUGGCUGUCCGCCUAUCACCCGCCACUAUUGCUCUUGCAGCCUGCUUCUCUCCCCCCUUCUCGCCGCGUACGCACGGGUCGCACGCACGCACACCCCGUUCGUGCCACACUGCCACCUAACCCCCCUCCCCCACGAUCCCGAGGCUACUAGCACUAGGCGUCGUCCUCGGCAGCAACGGCGGCUGGGCUCCCGCCGAUGGCGGCGUCCCUCGCCGCCGCCGCCUCUCGCCUCGCCGCCACCGGCGGCGAGUUGUCGUGGUCGGCGCGGCCCUGCCCCGGGAGUCUCGUGGCGAGCUUCCCCAGCGCCGGGCGGCUCCGGCGCCCCGCUUCGGGCGUGCGGUGCGGAGGUGGGGUUUUGCCCGCGGCCGCGGGGACGGGGGCGGAAGCGGAGGAAGGGGGCCGCUUCGUUGGCUGGUUCCGGGAGGCGUGGCCUUACAUCCGGGGCCACCGGGGCAGCACCUUCGUCGUCGUCAUCUCCGGGGAGGUCAUCGCCGGCCCGCACCUCGACGGCAUUCUGCAGGAUAUAUCCCUUCUUCAUGGUCUCGGGAUCAAAUUUGUUCUUGUUCCUGGAACACAUGUCCAGAUUGAUAAGCUCUUGGCUGAGAGAGGGAAGAAGGCUAAGUAUGCUGGUCGCUACCGCAUUACUGAUUCAGAUUCAUUAGAUGCUGCAAUGGAGGCAGCUGGCCGAAUACGGCUAACUAUAGAAGCGAAGCUGUCUCCUGGACCACCAAUGUUAAAUCUCCGUAGGCAUGGUGUUAAUGGCCGUUGGCAUGAAAUCUCUGAUAAUGUUGCAAGUGGAAAUUUCCUUGGUGCUAAGAGGCGAGGGGUUGUUGGUGGCAUUGAUUAUGGAUUCACCGGUGAAGUUAAAAAAAUAGAUGUUUCACGGAUAAGAGAAAGGCUUGAUAGAGACAGCAUAGUUGUUGUGAGCAACAUGGGGUACUCCAGCGCAGGAGAGGUCUUGAAUUGCAAUACCUAUGAAGUUGCUACAGCAUGUGCUUUAUCCAUAGAGGCGGACAAGCUUAUUUGCAUUGUUGAUGGCCAAAUAUUUGAUGAGCAUGGUAGAGUCAAUCGUUUUAUGUCUAUUGAAGAAGCAGAUAUGUUGAUCAGAACACGUGCUAAGCAGAGUGAAAUUGCUGCAAAUUAUGUGAAGGUUGUUGAUGAGGAGGACAUCAAUCAUGUCCGCUGCCUCCCAAUGAAACAUGGUACAGAACAUGGUAUGAAUGGAAGGGACCAUAUUAAUGGGUAUACUGCAUCUUUUCGGAAUGGUGUGGGUUUCAAUGAUGGAAAUGGUCUGUCUGGUGAGCAAGGGUUUGCUAUUGGCGGGGAGGAGCGCUUGAGCAGGUCAAAUGGUUACCUAUCAGAGUUAGCAGCGGCAGCAUACGUAUGCCAUGGUGGUGUCCAAAGAGUGCAUAUCAUAGAUGGUACUGUUGGUGGAGCAUUGUUGCUAGAACUAUUCACUAGAGAUGGUGUUGGAACGAUGAUAGCUAGGGAUAUGUAUGAAGGAACAAGAAUGGCCAGAGAGGAAGAUCUUUCUGGUAUUAGAAAGAUCAUUCGUCCUCUAGAAGAAUCUGGUGUCCUGGUGCGCCGAACAGAUCAAGAGCUUCUUGAAGCAUUGACAUCAUUUAUUGUCGUGGAAAGAGAUGGCUCAAUCAUAGCGUGUGCUGCCCUCUUCCCUUUUCUUGAGGAUAAAUCUGGGGAAGUUGCUGCUAUUGCUGUAUCUGAAGAAUGUCGAGGCCAAGGUCAAGGAGACAAAUUACUUGAUUACGUUGAGAAGAAGGCUUUGUCCCUUGGACUUGAGAAACUAUUCUUGCUUACCACAAGGACAGCGGAUUGGUUUGUUCGUCGCGGCUUUAAGGAGUGCUCGUUCGAUUCCCUGCCUUUGGUGAGGAGAAAACGUAUCGACCUCUCGCGCGGGUCAAAAUAUUACAUGAAGUGGCUCCAGGCAGCAGAGGUUGGGCAUAUGGCUGCCGACGGUUUUGCCAUGAGAUGAUGAGUGCUGCAAACAAGCAUCUCUACGAAUCUAGUCGAUGGACGUGAGGUUUCUUUAUGAGCUGUGCAGUCGCUUAUACAUCGUAGAAAUGUAUAUUUAUUGUGCAAGAAAAUAAUCAGUCAAUAAUCGAAGAUGUGGUUGUGUUUCUUGAGUUGAUUUCUUCUUGAGCAUAGCAAUGCUCAAAAGAGUUGUUGAUCUGCACACUGCUGACAAAGCCUGCACGACUGCGCUUUUUAAACUGAUAAAUACUUAGCUGCAAAUUCAGCAAUGUUCUUGUUGA